AUGCGCACCCGGCUCCAGAAACACAGCAGAAGGCUGGUCACGCUGCUGCUGGUCGCAGUGGUCGUCGAGCUCCUGUACGUGGCGACCUCGAUCUAUCUCGUGGACGACGACGACGGCAGGCUGCUGGGCGGUUCGAGUCUGACCUCCUGGUUUUCUUUCAAUCCGCUGGGCGCGCUCACGUACCGUGCCGAUCCCAACCGCAUGCUCCCGGGCCUCGUGUCCGGAAGUCGUUUGCGGCUGCCCGACAAGUUGCUGGCCAGCGUGCUUCCCGAAAACCCGGAAUCAGGCGCGCUGCGCGCGCCCACCGCUCGCGAUCUCGUCGAGUUCUAUAGGAUGUGGAAGUUUGACACCGCGGUCCGCUACGUAAUACCCUGCACCGCGUCCCAGACUUUUUUUGGUCGGCUCCAAAGCCCCAUCAAGUCCCUCCAGGAUUUGUUCCCGCGUCACGACAUUGAAGCGGAGGCCAUUCCUUCUCUCCCAUCCACCAAUUUUACCCUUAAUAGCCAAUUCCCACUACGAACCUACAAUUAUGACCCCCGGGUGGCCACCUCGGUCUACUACGACGAGCUUUUAGAUUUGGUCCUCCAACAAGGCGGUGUGAAAUUCCACGAAAACAAAAUCACCCAUCAGAAAUACCCUUCCUUCAGCAACAUAAGUUUGCCCUUCAACUGGUACGACUGGACCGAUUCUCAAGUUCUGAACGGUUUCAUCGAUUUACCACAAUCCGAUAAACCCAAGUGCGAUGAAGUUGUUCGCAAAUAUUACAUAUCUGAAAAGGUUAUCGAGUACGAGCGCAAAUUCGGUUACAAGCUAUUUGAGCAAGAUCGUGUCAAAGGUUUGGGUGCCUCAAAGUUUCAAAGCACCUCUAAUCUUGCUGGUAAAGAACCGUACGUACCUCCGGAAGAUUAUUGCGACAACGAGCCUUAUAAUGUGUUGAUGCCAGGAUUCAAGUCCCGCGCCCCGCUCAACUUUUCAAGGCCUGAACUUUAUGCAUUGCAAGCCCGCGCCACCCUCUAUUCAUCCAUGGAAUCUCCAAACUCAAUAACGUUUUUGAAUAGAAACGGUUCUGCGAUUCAAGUGAGUAUUCACAAUAUCGAACCAAUAGAUUCUCAAGGUAAGCCGCAAAAUAUCUUAUUCAAUGGGUUGCUAGAACGCUACUUAGAGCGUAAUGUACCAGCUUACCCGAAGAUCCCAAAUCAAGACAUUGAAUUCAAGAACAUAGAGAAAUUCAAAGAUUUGAAACAGGAACUCUUUAACUCCCAACUUAAAUCGGAUUCGAAGGCUCAUUCAUCAGCAUCAUCAUCAUCAUCAUCUCUUUCAUCAUCUUCAACAACAUCCUCAGACGUGUCUGCUGAGACUCCAGACUUGACCCCUGAGAUGCCUUACUUUAUAGAAUUGACGGAAGACGAUUUCGAAUUUGACGCUAAAGCUAAGAUUAGUCAGUUGGAAGCAUUGCCAAAAAGAUCUCGGCAUCAGGAUUCUUACAUGGAAUCCUUAAAAUGCUCGAUUAAUACGCUGACCAUGGAUUUGAACAAGUAUUUUUCAGAAGCUUCUCAUGUUGCAGACUACGUCCACAUGGGCCACCACUUCGAUGCUAGGUUCUUCAGAGGCUCUGUGGAACAUUCUGAAAUGCGCACGCGCCUGGAUGCAAUCGUUCGUGCGUGGCUCAAUUUCGUGCAUUCCAAUGGUCUCAGCUCUUGGUUAUCUCAUGGUACUUUGUAUGGCUGGCUGUACAAUGGUAUGGCAUUUCCUUGGGAUGGUGACCACGAUAUGCAAAUGCCUAUUGUCCAUCUUAACAUCUUAGCAGAAAAAUUCAAUCAAAGUCUGAUUGUUGAAGAUCCAGAAAUCGGAAACGGUCGGUUUUUUCUAGAUGUUACCAACUCGAUAACAAGUCGCACCCAUGGCAACGGUAAUAAUAAUAUUGAUGCGAGGUUUAUUGAUGUCGAUUCUGGUCUUUACGUGGAUAUUACCGGUUUGUCCGUGUCUUCAGACGGAGUUAAUUCCAGAUAUAAAGAACAAGCUGAUGGAAUACUCAAAUCUAAUGUGACCGGCGGAUCCUUAGAAUAUUUUAGAGAUCCUAAUAUCGUAAAAGGAGUCACAGACCUUUCACCACAGGAAGUGCUUUUAGAAGAGCGAAAGAGAGGAAACGUGACAUUCCCGCGUAUGAAUCACAUAAAUUGGUUUGCAGGCCUAGUUAAUGGUGUCCAGAACGGGCACGAAAAAGAAACACCCGAGAACCGUUACAACGUCAACAAACAUAUCAAAGUUUACAAUUGCCGCAACAACCAUUUUAGCAAUCUGACAGAAUUAUCACCCUUAAGGCUUACAUUUUUCCACGGCGCAAAGGCGUACGUCCCUAACAAAAGCAUUGAAUUGUUGAAGCAUGAAUACCAUGUUCCAGCUAGUUAUUCGUAUUUGGAAUUUGCUGACAGGGCAUUCGUGCCAGAUUUCCGCACUUGGUUGGAUAAAUCCACGCUUAAAAAAAUUGCUCAAGGCCCAGGAUCCCCAACCCUCGUUGAUACUGAGCACCUGAAAGAGUUGAGUUAUCAAGAAACUGCAGCGCUUUUCCAAAACGCCGCUGUUUUGGCUGAUUCUGAUGUCGAAAAAAUAUUCAAUUUCAUGUGGAAUACUUUUCAUAUGUCCAUCUUCCGUCACAAGGAGCUAGAGUUGAUGUAUGAUGAAAGUCUUGUGGCGGAUGACAAAACUAAGGCGCUAAAAGAAUACGUCCGUGAUAGAUCUUUUACUGGGGGCUACAAAGACCCAUUUCAAGAGCGUUUGGAAACGGUUGUAUGGUAUAAUUUACUUGACAGAAGUUUGGUCUCCUAUCCACGUCUUGAUGAAGAGUUGAAGAAAUUGAACCUAGAGAACGCAGAUCGUCUCUCGGAAUUAAAUUCUCUCAGCGUUCAAAGGGAGUACCCGUGGGCUACCGAGGCUGGCUACCAACACCCACCUAGCAUGUUUGAUUUCAACCACCGCGGCAACAGGUUUUUCGCAACAGGUGAAAAGAGCGCCAACCAGGUUUUUGGUUCAGAUCCCAAAGAUCUAGUCACUGUCUAA